AGGGAGCAGGAACAGACUGAGAGUUGCUUCUGCUCUCUUCACAGAGCGGCACCCUCUCAUCUGAUUUGGGAUAUCACUGAGCUGCAGAGAGAGUGGGGAAAACCUCACAGGCUCCCGCCUCCAUCAUGUGCUAUGGCAAAUGUGCCCGAUGCAUCGGACAGUCGCUGGUGUGGUUCUCUGUCCUCUGCAUUGUAGCUAAUAUUUUACUUUACUUUCCCAAUGGGGAGACGAAGUAUGCAUCUGAAAACAACCUCAGCCGCUUUGUAUUGUUCUUCGGUGGUAUUGCAGGAGGGGGCUUGCUGAUGUUCCUGCCAGCGUUCGUGUUCAUUGGGCUGGAAGAGGACGACUGCUGCGGCUGCUGCGGCCAGGACAACUGCGGCAAGAGAUGCGCGAUGCUUUCCUCGAUAUUGGCUGCUCUCAUCGGAAUCAUAGGAUCCGGCUACUGUGUCACCGUGGCAUCUCUGGGAUUAGCGGAAGGACCGUGGUGUCUUGACUCUCUCGGCCAGUGGAACUACACCUUGGCCAGCACGGAAGGACAGUACCUUCUGGAUAGCACCACAUGGUCCCAGUGCAAGGAACCCAAGCACAUUGUACAGUGGAAUGUGACUCUGUUUUUCAUCCUCUUGGCUCUUGGUGGAAUCGAAUUCAUCUUGUGUCUCAUUCAAGUAAUAAAUGGAUUACUUGGAGGCAUAUGUGGCUACUGCUGCUCUCGCCAGCAGCAAUAUGACUGCUGAAAAACAACCCACCUGUAGACAGAACCACAAGCUGCCUCUAUUUCAUUGUAAUUUAUAUAUUGUACUUGUAUUACUGUAAAACUUUGUAUCAUACUCCUCAUAUUCUACUUUUAUAAAAGUGUAUAAAGACUGGCAUUUUCACAUGAUGUCACUGCUUGAACUUAGCAAACAAACACUUUUUAAAGAAUGAGAAAACCCAAGUACUGGAGGUAAUUUAUGGACUGACAGUCCUCAGCUUAUCUGA